AUGGCUCCUCACGCAGACGACAGCAAGGUCUCCUCGAACGGAGCUGCAACCACCUCUACAAACAAGGAUCUCUUCACCGUAAACUCCCCCAACGUUGUUUACACUGACAAUGAGAUCAACACCAAAUACACUUACCGCACCACCUUGGUCAACGAGACUGCCGAUGGCAAGUUCGAGGCAAUCCCAAAAGAGGUCCUCUACGAUUUCAAGGUUGAUCGUAAGAUCCCAAAGACUGGCAUGAUGCUUGUCGGAUGGGGUGGAAACAACGGUACAACAGUCACUGCUGGUAUCAUUGCCAACCGUCGUGGCCUUUCUUGGGACACUCGUGAAGGUCCUCGAGCUGCUAACUACUAUGGCUCGGUCGUCAUGGGUUCUACCAUGAAGCUCGGGACCAAUGCCAAGACUGCCAAAGAUGUCAACAUCCCAUUCCAAAACGUCUUGCCAAUGGUCCACCCCAAUGAUCUCGCCAUUGGUGGUUGGGAUAUCAGUGGUAUGAACCUCUCUGCUGCCAUGGACAGAGCUGGUGUUCUCGAGCCAACUCUCAAGGCUCAGAUCAAGAAGGAGAUGACUGAGAUGGUUCCUCUUCCCAGCAUCUACUACCCUGACUUCAUUGCUGCCAAUCAAGAAGAUCGUGCCGACAACCUGAUCCCAGGUAGCAAGGCUUCUCUUGCACAUGUUGAGCAGAUUCGCAAGGACAUUCGUGACUUCAAGGCCAAGCAUGGUUUGGACAAGGUCAUCGUUCAAUGGACCGCCAACACUGAGCGAUUCGCAGAGCUCAUCGAGGGUGUCAACGAUACUGCCGAGAACCUCAUGAAGGCCAUUGAGAAUGGACACGAAGAGGUUGCACCAUCAACCGUCUUUGCUGUUGCUUCCAUCCUUGAGGGUGCUCCUUUCAUCAACGGUUCCCCACAAAACACAUUCGUUCCAGGUGCCAUUCAACUAGCUGAACAACACAAUGCUUUCAUCGGUGGAGAUGAUUUCAAGUCUGGACAGACCAAGAUGAAGUCUGCUCUUGUUGACUUCUUGAUCAGUGCUGGUAUCAAGCUUACUUCCAUUGCUAGCUACAACCAUCUUGGUAACAAUGAUGGCAAGAAUCUCAGUUCUCACAAGCAAUUCAGAUCCAAGGAGAUCUCCAAGUCCAAUGUUGUUGAUGACAUGGUCGAGGCAAACUCUGUGCUCUACGCUCCAGGUGAACACCCAGAUCACACUGUUGUCAUCAAGUACAUGCCAGCUGUUGGAGACAACAAGCGUGCCUUGGAUGAGUACUAUGCUGAGAUCUUCAUGGGUGGUCACCAAACCAUUUCCCUCUUCAACGUCUGCGAAGACUCUCUCCUCGCAUCACCAUUGAUCAUCGAUCUUGUUAUCAUUGCCGAAAUGAUGACUCGAAUUCAAUGGAAGGCUCACUCUACCGAUGGUGCCACCACCAAGGAUUUCGGAAACUUCCACAGCGUUCUUAGCAUUCUCAGCUACAUGCUUAAGGCACCAUUGACCCCACCUGGAACACCAGUCAUUAAUGCUCUUGCCAAGCAAAGAGCUGCUUUGACUAACAUUUUCCGGGCUUGUGUUGGUCUGGAGCCAGAGAGUGAUAUGACCUUGGAGCACAAGUUGUUCUAG